AUGAGCUCUUCAACCGCGAUGUAUGCAUCGCUCUCUAUCCUUUCCCUCUGCGCGUUGACCGGUACCGGCGUCGCGAUUGGCUCUGGCGUCGGCAUGAUGUCGAUGGCAGCCUUGGAGGCGGAAAAGAAACAAACCAACGUCGCGGCGCACUCCGUCAAGGAGAAGUCUUGGGUGGAAUCGAAACAAGUUUCGGGCUCCUCCGCGCAAAGAGGCUUCGCGGCGGCUGGACGUCAAUAA